AUGUCUCGCAAUCCAUUAUCGGAGGAUUUCCCUGAACUAUCGCACCUCUCACGCGAAGAUCUAGAAGACCUAUUGUCAGACCCUGUUUACUUUCAGGCCAUCUUCCAUUCUCUGAACUACGUCAAAGAACUGUAUAAAUCGCAGGCGGAGUUAGGAAUGGCAAACGAAGCCAUAGCUCAAAACAACCUCGCAUUACAGCAACGGCUAUAUGAUUUGAGAUCCGAGACAAAGGAGGCUUUUGACGAAGCGAAGAGCCUUGAGGCCAGAUGGAAAGAGCUGGAGAAGGAGCAAAAAGAGGUCUACCAGCGAUUCACUCCGCAGUUUCUCCUGAUGCGCCUUCGGCAUAGCACCACCGCGCAGGAUGACGGGUCUGAGGCCGUAGCUUCAACGUUCAUCCAACAAGUUCGUAGGCCCUCUGUCGGAGAUGCUGGUCCAACGGGUGCAACGAGAGCCGGACAAGACGUGGACGACUUCAUCAAGGAGUUCAAGGAAUCGCGAAAAAUCUAUCACAAGCGGGCUCUUUGGGGGGAAAAGUGGGCUAACGGCCAGGUCAUCUGGAGAGACAACUAA